AUGCCUUCUCCUAACCUUUGCAUCGACCUUGAUCCAGUUCCCCGUCCUUUCCCCUUUCCCCUUGUUUCCCUCAUGCGCUGCCUCCUGCGAGUACCGUUCAUCUGUGGCCUCGCGUUUGCCCUUCCUUCGCCCUCCGACCAUGUUGUUUUUGAACGGAGGCAGGUAGAACCCCAUGGCUGGGUCCCAGGUCGUCGAUUGGAGGUUGACUUUAUGUUGCCGAUGCGCUUCGGGCUAACACAGAACAAUUUGGAUCACUUGGACGAUAUGCUUAUGGCUGUAUCUCAUCCCGAUUCGCCCGGUUAUGGUAAACACUGGUCGGCGACUGACCUCGUCGAUAAAUUCAAGCCAACCACCCAAACGAUUGAGGAGGUCGUUCGUUGGCUUGUAGGCUCUGGCAUCCAUCGUGAUCGUCUAGGUCUCUCUAUCAAUAGAGGGUGGAUUCAUUUCAACGCUACCGCUGCGGAGGCUGAGGAAAUUCUCAAGACCGAAUACUACGUCUUUACUCAUGAGGAUUCUGGCGACGAACAAAUCGCUCGUAUGGAAAAACACAUUGACCUGAUUAUGCCCACCGUUCAUUUCAAUCACCUACCUUCCCCAAUGGUCCAGCGCAAGCGUACUGGCGGACUCGGCGCUCUGGAAUCCCAGCCAGGUCCUCAUAGAGUGGAAGAAGAGGUUACGGUUACUCCCACUUUGGCCAAAUGCGAUAAGUUGAUAACGAUGGAAUGUCUCCGCGCGCUUUAUAACAUUGAUUACACACCUGUCGCCACAAAGAAAAAUUCUUUUGGGAUUGCGGAGUUUACGCCCCAGACCUAUGUCGGUGGUGAUCUCGAUUUAUUCUUCAAAAAUUUUUCCUCUACACAAGUUGGUACUCGCCCCCAGCUCGUCUCCAUAGAUGGAGGUGAGUUGCAAACCGAUCCCUCGAAGCAAGGUUUUAGGUACGCAGGGGAAAGCAAUCUCGACCUCCAGUACGCCAUGGGUCUCACAAAUCCACAAACGAUCACUCUACUUCAAACUGGUGACGAUGUGAUAGGUGGUUCAUUCAACACAUGGAUUGAUGCGGUGGACAAGUCGUACUGCGCACUGAAUGACCCCGUUUUGGACCCCGUUUAUCCAGAUCCCACAGGCUACAACCACCCUCCCUCAUGCGGUAUAAUUUCACCCCCCAAAGUGGUUUCCAUCUCUUACGGUCAGGAUGAGGCGUCUGUGACUAAUCGAUAUGCCAACCGACAAUGCAAUGAAUACGCGAAGCUUGGCAUGAUGGGAACAUCCGUAUUUUACAGCAGUGGUGACUACGGCGUCGCAGGAAACGAUGGCAAUUGUUUAUUCACGCACUGCAAGGUCUUCAACCCUUCAUUUCCCUCUGGGUGUCCCUACGUCACUUCUGUCGGAGCAACCCAAAUCAAUAAUGGAUCCACCGUUCAUGAUCCCGAAAGCGCCUGCCAGCGAAUUAUUUACUCCGGUGGAGGGUUUUCCAACAUAUUCUCGGUUCCUAAAUACCAAUCUGCCGCCGUGCAUACUUUCAUGACGAACCAUACACCGCCAUAUUCAAGUUCACUCUAUAACAAUGAUGGGAAAUCGCGCGGCUUCCCAGAUGUCUCCGCCAAUGGGGCAAAUUAUGUGAUUGCGAUCGGCGGAAAAUUUGCCACUGUUUAUGGCACUUCAGCAUCGUCGCCCGUCUUCGCCUCUAUGAUCUCCUUGAUCAAUGAUGCUCGGCUUGCUCAGGGCAAGAACUCUGUCGGUUUCAUAAAUCCUACGCUUUAUAGUGACAAGUUUACGUCCGCAUUCAACGACAUCACUACGGGUGGCAACCCCGGUUGCGGCACUAAGGGUUUCAAUGCGACAAUUGGAUGGGAUCCUGUUACAGGUCUUGGUACACCCAAGUUUCAAGAACUACUCGCUCCCUUAAAUUGGAACGCUGUUUCAGUAUCUCGCCGCUCUGGUGUAUAUAUAUGCGCCUCUACGGCUGAUUUGAAUUCAAUCAAUGAUUUCGAGUCCUGCCCUCAAUACUAUCGCUUUCGUCGCAACGAACACCUUACUGACAUUAGUUUCACAGCCAUGACUCAUGGGUCGUUGCAAUCGCUGGCGAGUCUGGUCAGUUAG